GUCGAUCAUCGUCCCAGAUGGAGCCGACCCAAUGUUCUUGCCCUUCGCGUCUUUGUGGUCCACUUUUUGGCCGCCGCCGCCGCCCUCUCUGCCUCUUUGCCUCUUUCAACCCAGCAACCUCAGUCAUGGCUGACGAGCCCUGGGCCUGAGCCAGCCCAGCCCGAUGGCGAUCAAGGAUGCUGGACAGAGGUAAAACCUACCCGUCUCCGGCCGCCCGGCCCACACCCCACAAGUACCUCUGCGUGACCUCCCCGCGGUACCUGCCACUCGUAUCCCGCCCAUGCGUCGAAACACGUACCAAGGUGUACCACCCUGUGAACCACCCCUGGCCACAACCGGGAAUAUCGCUGGAAACACUCUGGGGCUCUGUACUGAGCAUUGCACUUGCGGCUUCAUCGCCAUGCUUAUCUGGGACCAAGUGCUUCAAGAUGGCCGUGGCAUCUCAACAUUGAACCAUAGUUCUUGUUUCUAUUCUCAUCUCCCGUGGCAAGUUGAGCCUUGACCUGCAGGAUCGCCGCCCUCAAUCAUCGGCUCCUCUUACCAUACCAAGUCGUCCAUAUUCCUGGACACGGAACGCUUGGGUCACAAGAGUAUUAAAACACUCAGACACCCGGCUGGUUGAUUGUGCCAAGGUCGAUGAUACUCUUCUUCACUGCGGACUUGUUAUCGUCUGUCCUGAUGUUGAGAAGUCCGUGAUCUUUCGGUCCUUUCUUUCCUUCCCUUUUAUAUCUAUUUCUUUCGACGUCGGGAUUGAAUCCUCUCGUCUGUUUUCCUCUCUUCACCCUUUAUUUCCUUCUCAGUCGCCGGACGGCUUUUCGUUUCUUAACUUUCAAUUCCGAGCCUGGUGUAUCAGCUGUCCAGGUGACCGACUACAUCGAAAAUGGCCGAGGAAAUGGCAAACAUGAAGCCCGCUUGUGGCAGUGGCGAGGUGGUUGGCGAGUAUGACCUGCCAUUGCACGUCAUCGGUCUCUUCUUGGUUUUGUUCUUCUCAUGUCUUGGAGCGGGCUUUCCCGUCGUGGCGAAGAAGAUCAAGUGGCUUAAGAUCCCGGCCAGGGUGUUUUUUGCAUGCAAGCAUUUUGGAACAGGCGUUUUGAUCGCAACAGCAUUCGUUCACCUGCUGCCCACGGCGUUUGCCAGCUUGAUGGAUCCCUGCCUUCCAGACUUCUUCACGGACAUUUACCCUCCGAUCACCGGUGUCAUCAUGAUGGCUGCGCUGUUUGCUCUCUUCGUUAUCGAGAUGACUCUCAACCACAAGAUGGGUGGACAGGCCCACUCUCAUGGCGGAAACUUUGGUACCAGUGCGCCCGGCCCGGCAAACAUGCCCGAGCGCCCGCCCCGGUACAACCACCAGAGCUUCGAGACCGAUGUGUCCUUCGAGAAGAAGGUCCAGCAGCAAGUCUAUGCCGACCAGGAGAGGUUCGAGCGCCUGCAGCCGAACCCCUUCGGAGACGAUGCCCAGGAGCUGGCUGCGCGGUCGGAGAUGCCCCCGUGGUUUGUCGUCUUCUACGAGCAGUACGUUCGCCAACGCAUGGAGAUGGUCAACAUCCUCAAGGGCUCGCAGCCUCAGGUCUCCGUCCAGCCUGCUUACAACGUCUCCGAAAUGCCCAAGCCCGCGGUUGGCCUCAUCGACUCGCCGUACAUUGACGUCGAGACUGGCCUGCCUGUCGACGAGAUGACGUACAAGAAGAUGUCAAUGAACAUCACCCUGCUCGAGGGUGGUAUCUUGUUCCACUCCGUGUUCGUCGGCAUGACCGUUUCUAUCACCAUCGAAGGCUUCGUUAUCCUGCUGGUUGCUAUCCUGUUCCACCAGAUGUUCGAGGGUCUUGGGCUGGGUACCCGUAUCGCUGCUGUUCCCUACGCAAAGGGUAGCAUCCGUCCCUGGGUCUUGGUCUUUGCCUUCGGCACCACCGCACCCAUCGGACAGGCCAUCGGUCUUAUCACUCGCAACACCUACGACCCCAACAGCGCCUUCGGUUUGAUCAUCGUUGGUAUUUUCAACUCCAUUUCUUCCGGUCUUUUGCUUUACGCAGCCACUGUUGAUCUUUUGGCCGAGGACUUCCUUUCCGAGGAGGCCCAGCACACACUCACUAAGAAGGAUAAGAUCACAGCUUUCUGUUACGUCCUUUUGGGAGCUGCCGGCAUGUCUAUCGUUGGUGCUUUCGCCUAAUUGCACAGCCCGCCAGUUUCGAGUCGAGCGAAGCCAUCCGAAGCAUUGCAGCCCAAGUAUCGAAGAGCCGGCUUCGCUCCACGCGUCAAGCCCCGACAUCCGCCAAACUGCGAGCCAUCGCCCGAGACCGCUUGGCGCGUCCAUCCAUGGCCAUGAGAAAUGGGAGGGCGCGCUUUCGAAUGGCGUCAUGGCGGAUCCAGCGGGGAAGAAACCAUUCCCUCGUUUUCUCACCAGACACUUGUACGAGCGCAUCACACGGCUUUGGCUUUCUCUGCUGUUCCAAGCAAUCAAACGGGAUGAUGUUUUAACCGCUCUUUCCGUUUCCAGGCCAGAGCAGAGAGCGAAGCAGGCGCAGACAGAAACACAGACAAAGAAAAUCCCACACACUCGUUUACCAAUCUCUUUGCGGACACUGCCUCCAUUCGCCGCGAGGGACGGUGUGUGGUGCGUGUUUCAUGUUAGUCAGCGGUGAAGACGGAAGGGGACCACAAUUGCCAGUCUCGAACAAUUUGGCCGCGGUGCGCAUCUGGGAACUGGCAUGAGACAAAGCGACAACGAUUUUCCUAUUUCUCUAUUUUGCUGGUAUACGGUUUCUACGGCCCGGGCGUCAGAGCGAGCACAGAACGAAUUAUUCUUCUAAUUUCUCCCCAUCAGGAAAGAAAUUAGUGUACUAUAAUAGGACAGUAGAUAGUUACUGCUACGGAGAUGAUAUCAUAAAAUGCCACAAAACCGUCAAAAGAAAA